CCACAUGCACACUGCACUACAAAACUCUUCUUUCAGGGGAAUCAGGGUUGAUUGAUUUGGCGAAAUAAUUGGUCUUGUUUUUCCUGUAGGCUAGCCAUGGACAGAGUUUUAUAGUUUCUUUGUAGCUCGUUGUUCUAGCUCGGUCAAAUGGAGUCCGAAGGGGAAAACGUGCGGAAACUCGAUCCCGCGGACAAUGAAGAAUCUGCAGCGGCUGAGCCCAUGGCAAGUGUAAAAUCCGUGCAUGAUGACCCUGAACCGAUUUCCAAGGAGAACAGCAGCGAGGCUGACUUGGCUGACUCAGUAACUGAAGACAAUGAGUGCCGAGAGCAGCCAGUGGCCGUGCUUGAGGAACACGAUGUAGAUGCUGUGAAGGAUGCAUCAGCACCGCAAGCAGUAUCACCACCUGAAGCCUCAGAGCCAGCAGCAGCUGAAGCCUCAGAGCCAGCAACAGCUGAAUCGCCAGAGCCAGCAACAGCUGAAACGCCAGAGCCAGCAACAGCUGAAACGCCAGAGCCAGCAACAGCUGAAACGCCAGAGCCAGCAGCAGCAGCAGCAGCAGCAGUCGCCCAAUCUCCCGAGGACAGCGCUGCUGCAUCAGCUCAACGCCGAUCCAGCAGCGGCAGUGAUCGCACAGAAGCAGCAGCAGAAGCAGGAUCCACGGCUGGCAAUACUGUUGAAGAUGAACAUGUAUCAGGGAAUGUUGCUCCACAAGAAGUUGCUGCAGGUCCACGUCAGCCCGCUGAUUCGGAUCAGUCCGCUAAAGCCUCAGAGAAUACGGCCAGUGCUGCUGCUGCAGAUGUUGAGGGUAGCAGACGCGUUUCAGUUGGUGGCAAGAAACACGUCGGGCUUCCAAGUGCGCUGCGUAAUCCUACCACUAUAGAGCCCACGUCUGCAUCACCGGAGUCUGUGGAUGAAACUGAGGCUGAUGCGGACAACUUGCCAAUUGAGCAAGGGAAGACAUUCCCAGUUAACUAUAUGGGUUCUACGCAACUAGUUGUUGAUGGAUCACUGUCAAAGAACAUGCGAGUAACUUUGGCGUAUGAGGCUGUCAGCCGUGUCAAGCAACCCGAGGGAGACUCGCAGCCGCUUAUACCCGUCACCUUUUUCGUGUCGACGGAAUCAGUCCAGAUCAUUCAUCGUGCUGAUAAUAUUACGCUCAUGGAUCAUCCGCUGCGUAGUAUAUCCUAUGUAGCUGAUAUCGGCAAUCUAGUUGUGGUGAUGGCUAGGCGGCGACUUCCGCAGCAGGACGGAGAGACUGGACCAGACCGCAAGUCCAAGCUUCUCUGUCAUGUCCUGGAGGCAGCGGACGCCCAUCACAUAUCGGAAACAAUUGGCUUUGCCUUCAACUAUGCGUAUCGGCAGUUCCUAGCCGAGAACGGCAUUGAGGAAGGAUCGCUGACUGUGUCAGACUAUGCUGACAUUCUUAGCGUGCAGAAAAUGCCGCAUGACGAACUUGCUCCAUUUAUUGGCAAGGGUGGCGAAGAUGAGUUCCAACUGGUGAAGAAGAAAGGCGAGCCCCUCGGUAUCAGCAUCAUGGAGUCAGGCUGGGGCAGUAUGAUUCCCACAGUUACCGUCUCACACUUGAUGAAGGGUGGAGCAGCGACCAAGUGUAAUCGUGUAAAUGUUGGUGACCAGGUAUUGGCAGUGGCUGGAAAGAGUCUCGUCGGAAUACCUAUGUCGGAAUGUAUCGACUGGCUAAAGAGUCUGAGAUACUUGACAAUGGUGAAGAUCAAACUGGUCCACACUCCUCCUGUAGUAGAUGUGAACAUUGUACGACCGGACCUUAAGUUUCCACUUGGUUUCAGCGUACUUGAUGGCACGGUGACGAGUUUAUUGCGUGGCAGCAUCGGUGAGCGGGGUGGCAUCCGUGUUGGUCACCACAUCAUUGAGAUCAACGGCCAUAGUACAGUGAAUAUGAAGUCAGAGCAGCUACUAGACAUGCUCUCAACUAGUACCGGCCACAUGCGGCUAAAGACGAUGUCUCUGCACCUGUAUAGACUUAUGACUGGCGAAGUCCAGCCGGAAUAUGUAUGAUACACAAAGCAAACCCACUGUACAGUGUAUGCUAGCCGCAGGCUGCUUUAUUUCUAUAUCUGUCACUUCUUUCAUCGCGCCUUGUAUCUCCCGUUGCUAUGUAAGCCAGUUCUAGGCAUGCUUGCUGUUGAGUAAAGAGGGUUGGAAUACCUUGUAUGCAUGAUGUCUCUGUGUUUUGGACAGAACUCAUGGAAAGCAGCAGCUUCCUUUCUGUUACCAUCUGAUUUUUAUCAUUCUCCUUUUUCCCCAUUUCCUUUCAUUUUGUCUUGCCGCAUUUGUACUUUCCCCCCCACCCCUAGCCCUGCUGCCUGCUGCAUUCUGAAGAUAUUCUGCUGAGUCCAGUUCACACUGUGCAUGUACAUGUUGUCAAUAGCGGUUCUAUUUUAAUCCUCCGCUUACCUGUGAGGUUUCUUUCAGGCGUAUUUGCUUCGUCGUCGUCGUCUGCAAAACAACAACAUGGCAAUUGGAAUCAGAAAUUAGAAAUUUCCUUUGCUAUUCCUUCUGUCCCUAGCUUACCGCAACUUUCCCAAGAUUUUGGACUCAUUGGUUUUGUCGUACUGGCUGUUGUGAACUUGUUUUCACCUCUUCUACUACAGUAGUACUAGUUUGUUCUUAGCACAUGUUUUCUUUAAAAGUUAGUUCCAGAAUGUCUUGAUUUUUUUGUAAUAGUUUUGUUUACCGCUAGGAAUAUCCCCAGAGAGGAACAUGCAGCGCCGAUGUUGUAGUGUCCCCCGCAUUGAUGCAGAGUAUAAUGUUAGGUGAAUAUUGCUUUAGCAAAAAUGGGUGUUCUCUGUGCAUUACCAGAAUCUGCUUUGCCACGUGAGUGUCUUGCGUACUAUCCGCUACUUCAAUCCAAUGCAAGUCACCACGAA